AUGGAAACACUAGCACCCACCGCACCGAUCAAACAAGUUAAACGAGUUUGUAUUACUGUUUCAUUGAAUUCCAAUGUAAAUCAAAUAAGUAUCUUCAAGGGUUCUCGAGCCUCUCAAAAUAAUGAACAAGCUUGUCGAUCGCCAGCUAAACCAGCGACACUAUUGCCUCGACCAUCGAUAGGUAAACCAUCAACGAUAUUACCACAACCAGCACAAAAGUCUGUCGUACUCAGCAACUCCAUGACACCGCUUGUUCCAAAACCCAUCGCAACAAAUGGUCAACUAGUAAAACCAUCUACUGGCACUCCAUCGGCGGGAUUCACCACGUACUUAGUAGUCGAUGGUAAUCAAGGUCAACUUGUUCAAGUGGCGAAUGACGGUUCAAAACCUGUAACCUUUCGUAAUCAAGCUGGUCAAGUACUUCAGGCAACACCCAUCACUGUUGUUUCAUCAGCCAAUCAACCUUCACUCUCAACAACUACGGACUCUUCGAUGUCAUCGAACUCAACGCCUGUCAAUGCUCUUCAGUCACAACUAACAUCUGCGACUUCACACAUACAAUCGAAUCCCGCUCAGACUGUCACUCAUAUUCAAACAAAUGCGUCACAUCCUAUCCAACAUAUCAUUUUACCCAAUGAUACAACAGCUCAUCAAUUGACCGGCAACACACAUUUAUCUGCUACGUCAUCGUUGUUAAACGAUUGUAAUAGUACAGCACAUCAACCAUCACUUCUGCAACCAAAUCCAAUUAUUCCAACGUCAAUUCUUAAUGGAAGUACUUCGUCGGCAUAUGAAAGAGACGUAUCACCAGGACCAAAUGACAAUGAUUCAUCAAUCGAUGAUCCUUCGACGCUAGACGGUUCCACAACACAAGAUCCUAAUGUUUCUCUUUCGCUUUCACAAAUCGUGCGGAAAACUAAUCAUCGUCAUCGACGAUCUAGCAAUUCAUCGAAAAAGAAACGUGGACGUCCAAGAUUAUAUGAACGUGAUCCAUUUACGAACAAACCGAUCAAGAGUCGUUCAACGCUCGAAGCUACCGAAGUGGCAUUACCAAACGUUACAAUGGCACCGGCAACAACAUUGCUCAUACCAGGACAAACGCCAAUAUUGAGUACAAUGCAUCCAUAUCCAAAUGGUUGUACCUCAUUGAUUUUUCCAAGUCAACCACUCAGUCAUACGACAACGAUACCUGUUAACAAUCCUUCGUUAUUACAACAACAAUCGUAUUCUUAUCCAUCUUUGCUCAAUGGCGGCAGUGCAUCGUCAACAAACAUGCUUACUGUGCCAACGUUAAACAUUCUCUCUAGUGAUACAGUAAGCACUCCAGCAGCAGCGUCUUCAUACUCGUAUGCACCGUCAUCAUCUUCGACAAUUCUCCCUCCUCCACUUCUGUCAUCAUCAACAUUAACAACAACAACGAUGACGACAAGUGCCCCUCCGCCCCCAUUCGUUCCUCCAGUGUCACAAACUGUCGAAAAUCAAGUGACCAUUCCAUUGAAAAAUCUACAAAUAUCUUCUACACCAGCACCAACAACGAGUUCUCCUCGUUCAUCGACAGUUCCUCCACCAACAACAGUACCUAACGUUGUUCCAUUGAAUCCGUCUCCUAUAAAACCUUUUCAUCAAACGCAAAACAAUGAUGUCGUCGUUCAUUACAUCGGCGGUUUUGUUAUUCGUGAAAGCAGUCACCCAUUUCCAAGUGAAGAUCCCAACGAUAUUUCAAAAGAUUCUACUCAUUCGAAUGGCAGAGAAAAAGAAAAUAAUAGUUUCAAUGACAACAAUAGUGAUCUCGGCUCUGAUCAAUUACGUUGCAUUUCCUGUAAAAAAGUCGAUUUCUCAGAACGAUUCUAUAGUCAAGAGAAAAAGUUUUGUUCCAAAGCGUGCUCGACGAAACCGCUGAAAGGAACAAAAGUAUCGAAUGGAAAGAAAUCUCAACAAGACACACCACCAGUAAUGGCUGAGACCUUUCAACAUAUUGAAAAAGUACAUGUUGAUCAACCUAAAGCAUCGCUCCCACCUGAUCAUGGUCUACCGAUGGAUCCUAGUAAAUGGACAGUAUCUCAAGUUGGAGAAUUUAUUGGACGAUUAACCAACGAUAAUAUUCGUGAAGUUUUUUGUGAAAGUGAAAUGGAUGGUCAAGCUUUAUUAUUAAUGACCCAGGAACAUCUACGUGAUACAAUGAAAAUCAAAUUAGGUCCUUCAUUAAUUAUUUCCAGUGAAAUAACGAAAUUACGUGAACGUGCACGAGCCUUUUCUUAA